AUGACGACUUCCUCCCCUCACGUCCGCUACAUAUCCGAAUGCCUCAAACUCGCCGAAAAGUCCCCUCCACGACCAACCAACUUCCGUGUCGGCGCAAUCCUCCUCUCCCGCAAAGCAUCCUCCAGCGAUGACGCCACACAGGACGACCAAAUCCUCUCCACCGGCUACACAAUGGAGCUAACCGGCAACACCCACGCCGAACAAUGCUGCUUCUCCAACUAUGCCGCCGUGCACUCUGUCCCCGAAGACCGCGUCGCAGAAGUCCUCCCCUCCAGCGACCCCGACCGCAAACUAGUCAUGUACGUGACCAUGGAGCCCUGCGGAAAGCGACUGUCGGGGAAUGCGCCGUGCGUGCAGCGAAUUAUCAACACUCGUUCUGAUGGCCGUGGGGGUAUUCAGAAGGUUUAUUUCGGUGUUAAGGAGCCUGGGACGUUUGUGGAGGGCUCGGAGGGGUGUAAGAUGUUGGAUGCGGCGGGGAUUGAGUGGGAGGUUGUGCGCGGGUUGGAGAAGGAGAUUUUGUCGGUUGCUACGGCUGGGCAUGAAAAUAGUGAGGAGGAGGUUAAGGCUGCAUUGGCGGAUUAUGGGACUAAUGUUGAUGAUAUUAGUCCUGAGGAGCGGCAGAGACAGGAGCAGCAGCCGCGGAAUCCGAAGAAGAGGAUGAUGGAGGGAUUGAUUUAG